AGGAAAGAAGACUAAAUCACAGCAAAGGAAGCAGAGAAGCACAGGGCUCUUCAUUGAAUCUCCUUCCAUGGAAGCCUGCAGUCACUGAGACUUUGGAAUUUUGGACGGAUCAUCUUUGUGAAGAUCAGAAACACCCUGUGUAUGUUUUUGACAGAGCUUGUUUCCUUUUUCCCCCAUUGGGACUGAAGAGCGAUUUAAAUGUUCACGCUACAAUAAGAAUUACUGUGUUUUGUGAACUGAUACUACAUUAGUGAGACAUCCUUCAUCUACACACUGCAAAGAUGUGGUCAUGUAUAACGAACUUCUUCACUUAUGAAACAACUAAGUCAGUGGUUGUAAAAAGCUGGACUAUUGGCAUCAUCAACCGGAUUGUUCAACUAAUCAUUAUUUCCUACUUUGUUGGAUGGGUGUUCCUUUGGGAAAAGGCCUACCAGGUGAGAGACACGGCUAUAGAGUCCUCGGUUAUGACCAAGGUCAAAGGCUUUGGAAACUACAAUAAUAGAGUCAUGGAUGUUGCAGAUUACGUCACUCCUACACAGGGAGGUUCUGUCUUUUGCAUCAUCACCAAAAUGAUAACAACAGAAAACCAAGUGCAAGGAUACUGUCCUGAGACAGAGAAAUACAACUGCACCAAAGACAGCGACUGCAGUAAAUUUCGUAACAAACCUGGAGGAUAUGGAAUUCUCACUGGGAAAUGUGUUCCUUUCAAAAACAACACCAAAAUGUGUGAGAUUAAAGGGUGGUGUCCUGCAGAGAUCGACACCAUAAAAAUUGAUCCCAUGAUGGAUGUGGAGAACUUCACAAUCUUCAUAAAGAACAGCAUCCGUUUCCCAACUUUUAACUACACCAAAGGGAACUUUCUUCCAUCAAUAACAAAAGAGUACAUAAAAAAAUGUAACUUCCACAAAGAAACUGACAUCAACUGCCCUAUCUUCAGAGUUGGAGAUAUUCUGAAAUAUGCAGAGCAGAACUUCACUGAGCUGGCAAACAAGGGUGGAGUGAUCGGAAUAAUGAUCAGCUGGAUGUGUGAUCUGGACAAGCCAGAUGAUGAGUGUAAACCAUCAUAUUCAUUCACCCGACUCGAUGCCAUGUCACAGCAGAGCAAUGUUUCUCCUGGAUACAAUUUCAGGUUUGCAAAAUUCUAUAAGAUGGAAAAUGGGACAGACUACCGCACUCUGGUCAAAGCCUAUGCCAUUCGAUUUGAUGUUAUUGUCAAUGGAAAUGCAGGGAAGUUUAACAUGAUUCCUACAAUCAUAAACAUGGUGGCAGCGUUCACGUCAGUGGGAGUGGGCACAGUGUUGUGUGAUAUAAUACUGCUGAACUUCCUGAAGGGCGCAGAGCAGUACAAGGCUAAGAAGUUUGAAGAGGUGUCAGACGAUCCAUUGGACUCCCACAGCAGCGGCUUGUAUCGCUCCCAACUGUCGCUCAGAGGGACACCUUUCAAAUCCAGUGAUUCAGGCGCAUUUUCUAUUGAACGUUACAGCUAAACCGACAAGAAAAAUCACUACAUGUAUGGUUCAGUUUUUCAUUACAUGGGCUCCUUGAAAGCUGGAAGCAUUAAAACUAUACAAUCAAAAUGUAUCAAAUGAAUGCAGCAUAAAGCAUGACUCUCUCUGCAUGGGAACAUGUUCAAUAGAUUUUUGAAUCAGUCGUCGAAGGCUAGUUAGACAUUAAUUUUUGGUUGUCCAUGAAAAGCCGUACAAUGAUCAGUGGAUCACUUGAUAGACACUGUUGUUGUUUUUUGGUUUAUUUGUAGUACUGGAUCAAGGAAAGUCAAACUGAUCAAUGACCAGUGAUGGGCAGUAGCGCCGUUACUAGCUUUCUCUACAUUUACCAGUAGUGUGCUCCUAAUGUCACUGUUUUCAACAUCACAUAGCUUUUCAGUAGUAGAACUGAGAUCUCGUCCACAGAAGCUUCAAACUACAUCUUCCCAGGCAUUUCUAGACCUUUUACAGAUUUCCCCUCCUCUUCUCGUGACGCAGACGUUGUGAGAAUAUACAAUAGUAGCCAUUCAACAUUUCCCUACUUGCCUUGGCUGGUCCUUGGCUGGUCCUUGACUGGUCCUUGGCUGGUCCUUGACUGGUCCUUGGCUGGACUUUGACUGGUCCUUGACUAGUCCUUGGCUUCUCCCCUGACAUUCCUUUUUAAAACAUCAAUCUUUGUACUAGAAUAUACUUUCUUUCAAUAUUUGUGGACAUUAAGAUCUAAAGAGAAGUGCGUUUUCCUGGUCAGACCAUGUAAUUCAAUGAAAGGGUGGAGUUAGAGUAAACAAAAUGCAUGUAUGGCCAUACAGGAGGAGGAGGGGGUCACUUCAGAGGCUGGAAGUAGGCUGCCAUUCGGCUGGCUUUGACUGGAAAGGGCCAUUUUUAAUGGGUGCUACUGUAGCAGCCUUUUAACUUUGAAUACCUAUCAUCAAGAUUUCCCUAGUGUAUAAAAAGAUGCCAGCAUGAAUGGUCAAAUGCAGCAGGUAGCUACCAGAUCAGCUUGAGGCAAUGGAAGAGAAUGCAGAGGCAGAAACGUCUUCAUGCCAAAGUAGUCCAAUGUAAAAAUGAGAAACAUGCAGCUACUUAAAGUAGUUUGUUGUAGUUGACACAAUCUGCUAAGCUAGUCACCGCAACUCAGCCACCAAACAUCAAGAGCUAAUAUAGUAUUAGCCAAAAACAUGGAUGUGUUAUAAAUAUGCAUGAAAAAGAUUCAUGCAGGAUGGUUAGUAGAAGCAGAACAAAAUUAGUUUGUGCAGGGUUUUUUUUUUUAUAGAAAACAAAACUGUGGUAAAUUGAAAUGGAUCAUAUUUGUGCAGAUGGCAGUAGUACAAAAUGGGGCCAAUAAAUAUUUUGCUAUACACAGACAGCUCCAUAGCAACACCACACAAUGCAAGACAAAAUCAACAGAUCAAAGUAGGUCAAAGAUUUAAUUCAUCUAAAGACUAACUUACAAUGACUAAUUUAGUCAUAUUAGAGACAUAUUGAUAUUGUUGUGGUUGUAAAAUGCAGGAUUUUCCAAAGAUAUAAGGAUUAAAUGUUCAUUUAUACCUCAAUAGUAAAGUUAUAUUUGAAAUUUUAACACAAGUACUAGUGCUGUUGAAACAGAAGAGUUUGAUAAACAAUUACACGGAUCUGAUCUGUUUUUCACAGCUUCUUUGAUCAAUAAAUGGCUAUGACUUUGAAGGAAGUUUGAAUUUAGAAAAAAGAAGCUUAUAUGUAGUGAAACUGCUUUUGUCAUUUUGUUGUAGCUUAGCUUGCUACAUUUAUCUGCUGGGUAACUUUAAUGUAGAAUAACUUGUAGACUAAAUCAAUACAUUUUCUAAGUAGUUUGCCCAACACUGUUCAUUUGGAGCAUGGGUGGAUAUUUACAAAAAUGUUUUAGGAUCUAGGUUUAUUGUGCAAAUUAGUAAAAUCCAAAUAAUUAUUGCACAAGAAUUCUGCCAAACAAAGUGAUUUUUUGGUGUUGAAGCAACUACAGAUAAUUCUAUUCAAUUCAGUUUAUCGCUAAAGCACAAAUUAGCAACAAAUUUUAUCUCAAGGUUCUACACAUUGAAAUACAUUGUUAAUGCAAUCCAAUAACAGUGAAAUGCAAAGUACAUACUCCAGUUAGAUUCUACCUAUGAAAAAAAAUUAUCAUAAAAUUGUGAGUAAAUGCUUGCUCAUGAUUUCCAAAUGCUAAAGAUUUAAGAUUUAAGUGAAGAUAUUUUACCAAAGGAUUAACAGUCCUUAAAGGCCUGAACACACCGGUUCCAUACAACUUUUUAAUCUCAGAUCCAAUUUUCUCCAGUGUCACACUGACUGCAUAUAGAGAGACUCUGACUAAGCAUGGUGAGCAGAUCUGUACAGAUUUGUUUCACUUCUGUCUCUGUGCACACAUUAAAACAAUUUCCCACAUUUGACUGGAACAGAUAAUGAAAGUUAUUAAAAAUAAAUAAAAAUACAAAAACACCAGCUCUACUUAACGAGUCUGUGCAGCAUCUCGAACCAGAACAGAUAGAGAAUAUUAAAAUAUUAAAAACAUAAUGAGAUCUUUGUCUAAAGAAAAGAAAAACACUGCAAUAAACACUAAAGAUCAAUAUUAUAUUUCCGUGUUCUUUCCUUCUGAUCUCCUAUUAUGGAUAAAGUAUCCUUUUUUUAAGGUUUCAUUUAUGGUGGUCAAAAAUAAUAAUAAUUUAUCUUUAUUGAUCUCACAUUGGAGAAAUGAACUAUCUGUAUUUUACCCCUGGAGGAGCAGUAUGCUGCCAUUGUGGGGCGCCUGGGGGGCAAUCAGUAGUUGGUCAGGGACCCAGAGUGGCAGCCUGUGGGAGUGGGCAUCAAACUCAGAACCUUAGGAAUCCAAGCAUUAUGCCCUAACUGCGAAGACGCCACUCCCCCAAGAGAUAUGGUGUUUGCACCAGUCUGUCCAGCUACUAUAUGUAAUGAUCUCAGAAUGUUGCACCCAGAAUUCAAGGCGAGACAGGCAGUGGGAAAGUUCAAAGUGUUUAUUAAACAAACAGGUGCGCGCUGCUGCUCGCCUGGACUGGAUCUGGAGCUGAAUAUGACUUGGAGCUAGUCACUGACCUGAUUCAAAGUUCAGUCCGUUCGCGGAGAACACAACAGAUUCCAGGAGGGGGGCUUGACCGCAGUUGCGGCGGGUGACGCCCCCAGAGUUCCUAGAGAGCGAGCGGAGCGGGCGCCAGCCGACACCGAGCAGCAACAGAGUCCAGAAGGGAAUUCCAAGGCCGAAGUCAGAAGACAGUUCCAGAACCAGAAGCCGGUAGAAUACAAGAUCAGAUACGACAAACAGAGCAGAUAGAGGCAAGGCAAAACUCGAGAUCCUCAGGGCAGAAAACUGGUCAAAAUCAGGAAAACAGACAGACUACAGAUUGCUAGGGAACAUCUCACAAAAACACAAGAAUAACCUGGCGCUGAUGGGAGGCAAACACACAACUUAAAUAGUAGAGGAACCAGGUGGAAAUGAUCGGCGAUAAUCAGCCGGAGAACCAAUUAGACAGGGAGCAAGGAGCAAAGGAAAAAACCAAACCAUCAGCGCCAAGAUCAUGACAACUAUAUACCUGAUGUGACUCCAAAAGGGACUCUUUCCCCGUGAGACUGACAGAUUUUAUUUUAUAUUUUCCCCCAAUGCAGACAUGUUUGACUUUGCACCUGGGUCCCAUUUUAGUCAGUCAUCCCCAUUGACUUUCAUUGAGCGCUUAACCUCAGGGCUUCAUCCGACACGAUUUUCUAUCAGAUCGGAUGCAAAUAUGGAUUCGGCGUGUUCUGGCCUUAACAUAGAGGAGACAUAGAAAGGUCCUAAAUAGCCUAAUGAUCAAUAAAAGAUAUAGCUAGAAAAAUAUAAUCUGCCAAUAACUUUUUAAUAACCUUGGAAAAGAAGCGCCUUUUAGGCCCUGAUGUUCAGACAUAAGCUAAUCCCUAAGGACUCCAACUCUUGAAACCUUAUCUCCAAUGUGAAGGAAUGAGAAAUAGAAAGCACCACAAGCCAUUCAUUUAGGGGCCUCAUGCACAAAGAUUGGCCACCCUUCUUACGAAAUGUGCAAUGUAUAAAAAACCUCAUCUGCAGGCUAUGGAUGAGUUUUUAUGGAUGAGAUUUACUGUAGGUGAACACUGAUCCCUCCAGUUCAUAGGUCAGUAUUGGUAGCCCUUCCUAUGACUCGGUAGCCAUGAAGUAGCCCUCAGCCUUAAAAAGGUUGGUGAUCCCUGAUCUAGAUAGAUGAAUGAAGCUCUGCCUCACCUGCAACCAACCUAAUCACCAUCCGCCUCAUAUCAGCGCAGCUCCUCGCCCUCAUAUAAGUCAGUCACUGUCUAGGAAAACCUUUUCAACAGCUUCACCUCUUCUCCACCUUUAUCUCACUGGACUCCUAACUCUCCUCUUAUUCUCCAGCCUCCAUUCCAAAACCAAUGUCAGACUUUGGGGAGAUAGAUGUCUCUGACCAAACUACCUGGUUACACAGAGCUGCAUUCAGCAUCGAUGUCUUCUGUCUGAGCUCCAAUACCUAUUCCUUUUUUCAUGUCAAUAAAACUUUGUAACUGCUGCUUUUUGCUGUGUGAGGCUCUCCAGGUUGAAAUAAUCAGUGUUGUGCAUGAGUACAUUGAAUGAGCAGUAUCCACUGAAUAUGGUGAACUGAACGGAUCAGUUUUGAAGUGAUGAACAUUAACAAAAGUGACGUUCACUCUGAGCGACACACACGGCUCACAUUGGCAUUCAAUUGAUAACGACAUUUUUUAUUCAUAACGUCAGGUUUUACCGCACUGAUUAUGGCAGACUGCCUGACAGAGCAGCAUGUCUACUGCUAGUUCUAGUGUGCUCCAUUCAGACUCAUCUGCUGGGAUUUCUGAUACCAGUUUAGCAGAGCGCUCGGCAGAGUAUGAUCAACAAAGGAAGACUGGGAAAGAAAAACUCAUGCUCUAGUGCAAACUGUGGCUUUCAGGACUUAACAAAUAAGCUCUUACAUCAGCCCAUUUCAAAUUUAUAGUGACAUAUCUGCUCCUGAAUGAUGAACAGAAAAAAUAAUUUUGGAUCCAAAUCUUUUCAGCAGAAUCUGAAUGUUCCUGAAUGUGUCUGAAGUUCUGUGUCAUUUGGCUAAAUAAAGGCUUCACUGCACAUCCAGUAUACCUUGAA